AGAAAGCAGGAGCGACCGAGGGUGGCAGAAGUUCCGCUGCAGGACGCAAAGCUACAAAACAAUUAUACUGAAAUAUACACAGAUCACACAGAUUUGGAAGAAACUCAGAAGACAGGGAGGAAGGAAACUGGGAAUUAUUCACCUUCUAGGAAAAGAGGAGGUCAGUUGCAGACUUCAGAGACAGCUCUUUCAUCCAAACCAAGGAGAUACUGUCUGUCUCGGUCAAAGCGAUGUCUGCUCUCUAUCUGUCAAAAGUGGCACCUCAGGAAUCAACACACAGUCUGUUAAAACCGGAACAAGCCCAGUCACGUAAAUCUGGGACAGGAGUAAAACUAGCAAAGAUGGCUGAAGACUCAACAUCCCAACAAAGGAGAGAUGACUUCCCUCCGCCUCCUUCUGCCGGACAUCAACCAGGACAGGAAGACUUCUCUGUUGCACAUUCUCAACCCACAGCAUCCCAGUUUUCCAAAGAAAAGUUAUACCAACAGCGGCAAAAAUGCGAGCUGAGGAGGCUCCUGAAGCACACUCACCCAGAGCUGAAGAUGCUAGAUGAUGUUGUGGAUGAGGAGCUUGCUGAGGUUUUGAGCUCAGAAGGGUCGACAGCUGGUGAAACCGGAUACGAGGGAGAGGUCUUGUCAAGACGCCUGAUAUUUGAGAACUGUGGCCGGAGUACCCAAGUAUCUCCUUACAGCUCCAAGAUGCACACGACAGAAGGAACGGUGGAAAGAUGUGAUUUCAGUAAAACGCCAGCUGUUUCUGAGGAGCCGAAGGAAGGGCCUCAUGCCGAAAGUGCUAAAGAGAUCACAGAGGAUGACAAAUCAGUUAGGCCAGAUCUUACCAGAGAGUGUGAGGAGGAGAUGAUAAGAAUAGAUGUUCAGGCAACCAGAAGGAUAUUUGAGAGUCAGUCUGUGAACACAUCCAGGCCAAAUCCAGAUAACAAGUUCCAGGGGAAAGUUCCUAUUUCUGAGGAUGAGACAAAGGCAGUUCAAAAACAGAAAAAGUUUGAAAUGUGUAGCAAAGAUAAUCAAAACAGCAAAUGUAAAGAUUGGGAGGAACAACCUCAUAAACAAGUGUCAUGUACUCAUGUUGUUGGUAAAAGCCUUGAACGUGACAUUUCCAGGGAAGAGGUUUCCUCUGGUGAAGCAGUCUUUGACGACGAGUCUACAAGCUUUCCUGAUUCAGAAAGAUUCAGUGAAACGAUAAAAACAAGCGCAGUUCUUUUGCGAAACAACCCAUUUAUCUCAACAAACAUAGAAAGAGAGCAUUCCCAUGUGCAUACGUCAAAAACUCAAACCCCAGCAAGAGACAGUGGGCCAGGUGAAGACUACCUCACAGCUAAUGUGAAGAAUAGAACCCAUAUGUUUGAAUCGAUGCCAUUCAGCAAAAUCAGGCAUCAGAACAAGGAUGAAAUUGAGACAAUGGUGGAGAACAUCAAGGAAACAUUGAAUUUCCUCUACAGUGUUAAAGCCAUACAUUCAAGUGGCUCAAUCAUUGAGGUGAAUGAGACGAUGAUUGCUAAAAAGGCUAAAUUCACGCUGUCAGAGAGCGGGCCUGAGUUAAAAUAUGAUGAGGUGGCACAAGGAGGCGCGCAAAACUUCAUACUGCAGUUGCUGCCACGGGUAAACCUAAGACCUCAGAUCACUUACCUUAAGGAGGAUAGCAAAGGCUGUAUGGAGGCCACGGUGGUGAAUGUCCCUGUUCACCAGCAUCAAUUCAAUACCAGCAAAGACACAGAGUUUAAAACUGCCAACGUGCUUCAGCUCAUUGAGGAUGUUCUCAAUCAAGACAAUUCUCUGAGGAAAGGAGUAAUCAUUCAAGAGGAUGUAAACAACUGCGCUAAUGUCAUUGUUUAUUCCCUUUACAAUUACUCCGAUGAGGAAGAUGUGAAGAGAUACAGCCCUCCACAAGGUGCAGAAUCUGAUGAAUCAGAGGUAUUGAGUGGUGACACGAACAAAGAAACAAGAAAAGGUGCUUCUGAAUCAACCAUAAGCAGCCGUCUGGAAACCUCUCAAGACCAAGGUUCAGUCAGGCCUGAAAUCAAAAUGAAGGGGAAUGUAAAACUGUUUAAGAGUUGUAUUGAAAAGGGAGAUUUGGAGUAUUUAAAAACCCUUCAGGCUGAACCAACUGUUCAAGAACAGGACACGGAGCUUCAUCAGGAACAGAGGGCUGAUCAAGAAGAGGAAAGUGCUUCAGAGUGGGUCCCGGUGGAUAUAAAGAAACUAAAACGCAUGUUCUCUGGAGACCAAAGUCAAAUUGAACCAAAGAAAAAUGUCCCUAAAAAUCCAACUCCAUCUGCUUCCAUUUGUCAUGCAUUUACAGGUCAAAAUGAUUCACCUGGAAAUAGCCAGUCCUCUACAGAGUGCAGUUCUGGGGUAAUCUCUAAUGUGCAGGUAAACAAUACGUUCAGGGAAUGCGAGGGCCAAGCACAAGACGACGCAUGUAACUUUGAAGUGCUACCGCAGGCGUCUCAGCUCCAUUUUGACCCACAAGAUGACGACAGCGUCCACCAAGCUGAAUUAGUUGAAGUGAUGGAUGACAGUGACGAGAUCUUUAACCUCCAAACAGCAAUCAAGAGUCUUCAAGAGGCCACAAUCGAGGCCAAAUCACUGUAUCACUCAUCAGAGGAAAAACAAAAAAUCCUUACCCCAGAAUCUCCUGAGGAACCUCUUGUCUCAGUUGCAGCAGGUAAUGUCAAAAACUCCAGAACAGAAGCAGAAUUACCUCAAGAAACUGAGGACAGAUCAGCCUCCAACUUCACCUCAGGACAUAAAUCAGACUGCCAACACAAAAGUAUAGAGCGAUGCCAUGAAGACACUAAUUCUGCCACAGUGCAAGCUACUGAGAUGUGUGGCAAAGAGGGUCAAAAGGGGACAGAGGCGGUGCAGAAAGAAACUACUACGGUAUCUGUGAACAGUUCAGAAACUGCACAGCAAGAGGACGAGGAAGUUGUUUUUGAGGGUAAACUUCAAGCAGCUUUGGAAUCCUUGGGGAAAUCCAACAUCAACGUCACAAGAGGAGAUUUUAAAGCUGCUAUGAUCUACAGAAACUCCUCCAAACCUCACCAAGAGAGAACGCAAAAGGUGGAUGUGGUGUCUGUUCAAAAGCCCAAUACUGAGGAGUCUGGUCCUGUGACUGAAGGUCAAGCAACCAACCAAGUACAGUUGAGGAAAGAGGAGACUGCAGCCAAUGCGGAGCCUUUAAACCAGACAGGAACCCCAAAUAAACCAGCUACAAGUGUUGUUUCAGAGAAAAGCAAAAGACCUGUUGGUCCUAAACCAGCCCUUCCACCUAAACCAGAACAUUUAAAGGUGAAAGACAGAGAUUAUCAAUCAGUCAACAUAAAAACUCCAGAGGCGACCCAAACUAAAACAGUAAGACCCACAGAAGCAGCCAGUCAAGUUCAUCUACCUUUGCCAAAAACAUCAGUUUCAUGCAACGAUGAACAGAAGCAAGACCUGUUUAAAAUUAACAGCGGCACAUUCUUAAUAUCUGAUUCAGGGGAUUGUGAAAGAAAUAAGUUAUUAGGUGAAGUUGUUCAGAUGUCUCAGGAAGCUGAAGCGAAGCAUCAAGUCCAAGGUUCAAUUGUAACCUCAGAACAUGAUGACAAAGAUAAGCAUAUCAUUAAUAGACAACAGAAUAAUAAAGCCACAGGAGAGCAGAAAAGCCACCAGGAUGUGCCAGCCAACGACAACAUGAAUGAAACUGACGACAAGCAUGUAGACUUCCACGAAGCACGUCAGAAAUUUGGAGGUAAAAAGACAACAAAGAUGGCACCUGUAAAACCAAAAAGAGUCAAAAUUGCCCAGCCUGAUAUCAAAAAUCCACCUGGGGAAAUUGUUUUUGCACAUGCGGAUCCAAAACCAGUACAAACUGUAACCGAUCCUUCAGUUAACAUCUGUGGACAAACAGCUGUGAGCAAAGACAAGCAGGAGAAAGAAAUGAAGCCAGACAGCAAAGUCGAGAUGAGGGCGAGAAAAGGACGAGCGGAAACAGAAGAUGAGCGUCGACAGCGACUGUCAGUUCACAUGGACGAGAUCAUGAGAGGGAACAUGACGGCGGCCAUGGAAAUUUUUGACAACUUGCGAAAGCAGGAGGAACUGCAGAGCAUUCUCAGUCGAGUGGAAGAAAUCGAACAGGACACGAGUGAUGUUGAUGUGAGGUCUCUGAGGACAGUAUUCGAGGACGUCCCUGACUGGGUUGUCACCUCUGACAACAAGAAACAAAAAAAGGAUGAGGUAGAAAACAAAGACAAAACGUCUCCAUUAUUGAGAGAAAGCCCUGAAAGCAAGUCCUCUAUGGCACACGUGUUUGGAGACCUUGAGCGAGCGAGUGAGGAAAUCAUAAAUCUGAAAGAACAGACUUUAGCCAGACUUGUGGACAUAGAGCAAACCAUAAAGAAGGCACUUUUUUCGGUCUCAACACUGAAGUCAGAUUCCGAUAUUGCUGGUCUAUCGUGCCUGUUCAGAGAGUCCUUAGGGGCGGUGCAAGAAUCUUCAUCCUCUGGCAACAUUAGCAAAAUUAGCAUCGGGUCAAGCAGAACGAAGGCACAGGAAAGCACUAAAAUGCAAGGAAGCACGGUUAAGCCAGCGGGGCAACGCCUUGAAGUAGCCUCUGCAAAACAACGAUCGAGCCCUCCCUCAUCACCUGCUUUUAUCUCCAUCCAGUCAGCGGCCAGAAAGACGGAUAAAAGAGGCGGAUCGCCUCCAGAAACCUCCAUCUGCCCGACAUGCCAGGAGAGUCCAAAGCUGGAGGAGAAAUUUCGGACAACAAAGAUGCUGACGUGCAACAGCCCCGCGCAAAACAGAAGAAGAGCCCCGAGAAAAGGAGAUCAAAAACAAUCCACUUACAGCCCGCUUAACCCCCGUCGAGAGCUCAGCGUGCUCGAGGUGCAGACCGACCGGGAAGGUAACAGUGUCAUAGAGACAAAAACAGUCACGGAGAAUUACGAGAGGACUGAUAACUUUGGGAACCGGUUUUACUCAACCAAAACCUCCACCGUUGUCACUCAGCCAGAAACCACAACAACAUCCACGAGUCAGGCAGCGAUCAGUCCAGCGGCAUAUCAGGUCACCAUGUACCCGGAAGUUCAGCUGCCAAUCAACCAGAUCAGUACUUCAGUGCCUAAAUAGCCAAAUGCUUUUCAUAUUCUUUAUGCAAACGUUAUCAUGUACAUAACUUUAUUUGCUAAGAAAUUAAUUAGGUUGGUUAUUAUUGCUUGUUUUUUAAUUUAUACAAUCAUCAUUGGUGUUAGAUUAUCUUAUAUCCUGUAUGUUUGGUUAAUGAUUUUUAGCUUACAUCGGUGUUUGAUUUGUAUUUCAAAGUAAAAUCACAGGUCGAGUUUUGAUUUAACCCAUUGUAUUUGAUAUGAAUGCUUACUGUCAAGAAAUAUUUUUGUUCCAGUGAAGUUCAGUCUCAUUUUUUUCUUUCCCAUCAGUUUGAACCCGCUUGUCGAGAGAUGUGCUCAGCCUGUCAGAAGCCAGUUUAUCAGAUGGAAAAAAUAGCUGCAGACAAAUACAUUUUUCACAAAACGUGCUUCUGCUGUAAACACUGCAAGAAAAAAUUAAGCAUGUACAGUUUCGCACCGUUAAAUGGUGAAUUCUACUGCAUAUUUCACUACCAACAACUGUUCAGACGAAAGGGAAACUAUGAUGAGGGCUUUGGACGCGAGCAACACAAGAACCGAUGGCUUUUGAAGAGCACGGCCGAUGUGAUGCCUGACGAAUCGGAGGCAUGAACGUACAGCGUAAAUAUGAGAUGGUGACUUUGACAACACAGAAGAACCUCUUAAAGUUGUGUUCGAGGAACCACACAAUGGUCAACACUGUCCAGCCUUUACAAUGUGUUUACGUACUGAUUAACAAUGGAUGAUGACACAGAACUUAACUGCUAUAACGAUGACUUAAUCAAUUUUAAAAACUGGACAUUGUAUGCAAAUGCUGACAUACAAUAAUCUCCUUGACACUCAGUCAUUUUUAUUGAAUGACAUUUUUCUAUUUUAGUUUAAAUUUACUCCAACUGAUUGCUGUAAAAACUGUAGUUUUCUUUUGUAUACAAUGUGAAAUUCAAACAGAGAUUGUAAAUUUUGCUUGAACUGGGAUAACAAAGAUCAGAAGUCAGCUUGACGGUGUACAAGAGAUUUCUGCAAGGUUUAUUUUUUUUACAAAAAUGGUAAAAUGCAAAGGCGAAACACAUUAAGAUACUCUUUAUGAAUAUAAAAAGAGGUCCAUUCUCUCCGCAUUCCCACAUGUUCAGCAGUGUCUCCUGAAUGAAUGCUCACAAACUUUCAUUACAGUUCUGCCUGCCAUAAUGAUACUGUUUGUAGUUUUUCUAAUCAAUACUGUGCACCUGACAUAAAUGUUUGGUCGAUUUCCGAGGAAUUCAUGAAAAAAAAUUCUAAUUUCAUCAAUUGUCAAAAAUAAAAUAAAAUUUAAAAAAAUAAAAAAUCAGGAUCACAAGUGUACAAAGAGCAAGAAAUAAACCAAAUACAACAAACCUAAA